AUGAUUGUUCUUCUAUUUUAUUUUUUGGUGUUAUUUCAAAAUUCUGCGCAGGAUUGUUCGUGGAAUGUGAGUUCCCCAGGGCUCGAUUUUUUAUCGAUUUUUUUAAUUUUCAGACCUGCCAACAGCCCGCCAAAGAUUCUGAAUGGAUUACAGCUCAUUUAAUUCCUCACACUCAUGAUGAUCUCGGUUGGAUCAAAACUGUUGAUCAAUAUUAUUAUGGUGGUAUGUGUUUUCUUUUCUAAAAACGAACAAUUCCAAUUUUUUCAGCACGCCCUGAUCUUGUCCCUGUUGGAGUUCAAUACAUCUACAAUACUGUGAUUGAUGAAUUGCUGAAAAAUCCGGAGAGGAAAUUUAGUUUUGCGGAAACUGGCUUCCUUUGGAGAUGGUAUGAUAGUAAUAGUGAUUUUGAUAAGCAUCAGUUGCAGAAAUUGGUGAAAAAUGGUGAGUUUGGAAAGGCUAAAUUCUAUUUAAAACUUCUCCGUCACUUCUAAUUACAGUUUUUCGUUUUUUCCCAGGUCAAAUCGAAAUCAUCGGAGGAGGUUGGGUUCAGAACGAUGAAGCUGCUUCACACUACGUCGAUAUCAUAGAUCAAAUGACACUCGGACUUCAAAAAUUGGAACAAAUUUUCGGUGAAUGCGGAAAACCACAAACUGGCUGGCAAAUUGAUCCAUUUGGUCAUUCGAAAGAGAUGGCAAACAUCUAUUCUCAAAUGGGAUACAGUAAUCUUUAUUUUGCCAGAAUUCAUUAUCUUGAGAAAGAAUUGCGCCUCAAAAAUAAGACAUUAGAAUUUGUCUGGCAAGCUUCUGAAGAUAUUGCUUCCAAUAUUUUCACCGGCGCAUUUUUUCAAGAUAAUUAUGGACCUCCUGAAGGAUUCUGUUGGGAUGCGCUUUGUGGAGAUGACCCGAUUAUGGAUAAUAUAAAUUUAGAAGAAUUCAAUGUUGCAGAAAAAGUUGAAAAAUUCGUUGCUCAUGUUAAAAAUCAAGCUGCACAUCAAAAACACAAUCAUGUGAUGCUUCUGAUGGGUAGCGAUUUUCAAUAUACAAAUGCAAAUUCUUGGUACAGUAACCUUGAUAAACUGAUAAAAUAUGUGAAUGCUGAGCCGUGGAGAAAAGUUAAAGUGAUCUACUCAACCCCAACUUGCUAUUCAAAUGCAGUCAAAUCUCCUGCUUUUAUGAGUAAAAUAACUAGAAAAUCUGAUGAUUUUUUCCCAUAUGCAUCGGCAAAACAUAGCUAUUGGACUGGAUAUUUUACAAGUCGCCCGACUUUUAAAGGAAUGAUCAGAAAAGCUAGUCAGAUUUUGCAGGUAUUUCAGGAUUGAUUUUUCAGGAUUGAUAAAGAUCAGGAAAUUUUUUCAGCUAUCUAAACAGUUAGAUGCGAUUGGAAAUCUUGGACCUGAAGAUGAUUCAGAUGUUUUGAUUUCGAGAAAAGCUUCGGCUCUUUGUCAACAUCAUGAUGCAGUAACGUGAGUUUGAUAGAAAGAAUUUCAAAAUUUUGAAUUAAUUCAGCGGGACUGCCAAAGAAAACGUCACUCGUGAUUACGCCAAGCAACUUCAUCGAGGUAUUUCCGAAGUUGAAACCGUGAUAUCGGAUUACAUGGCCAAAACUCAGGUCACAACUGAUGGCUUCAAAAUUUGUCAUCUGAUCAAUGAAACCAUUUGUGAGCACAGUAAGAGUGCUCAAUUUAGUGCAACUGUUUUCAACUCGAACUCGAAGAUUUACAAAGGACCAAUUAGAAUUCCAGUUUGGUCGCAGAAAUUAGGACUCGUGAAUUCGAAAGAUGUCAAUUUUGAAGUUGUGAAAACUUUCAAUAUUGAUACGCUAAAAGAUCGCAAUCGUGCUCCUUAUGAACUUCAUGUUUAUCUAGAAGUUCCUGCUCUUGGAUUCACAACAAUUAAUGUUACCAAAACUUCAAAUACUGAAAAUUAUUUAUCAAAGAAUUCUGUCAAAGAGGUGAAGAAAAAUAAAAUUGAAAAUCAAUAUUUGUUAGUGAAAUUCGACGAUUCUGGAUUGGUUGAAAGUGUUUACGACAAAGAAACUGGUGAAAUGCACAAGCUUCAACAAAAAUUCUUGUAUUAUGAGGGCACAAACUCAAAUGACUCACAACCCUCUGGAGCAUAUAUUUUCCGUCCAAGCAAUCAAAAUCCAAUUGAGUUCAGGGAUCGUAUCAAAGUUGAGAUUGUUCAAGGAAAUGUGAUUGCAGAAGCCAGACAGAUUAUUUCACCUUGGGUUUUUCAAACAAUCAGAUUGCCAGCAACGAAGAAAUAUAUUGAAUUUGAAUGGACUGUUGGCCCGAUUCCAAAAGAGGAUAGGUAUUUUUUCUAUCAUUUUGAACAUCUUGUCUACAGAUGUUUUUCAGAAACCCAAUCACUAAAGAAAUCGUCACAAGAUUCAUCACUGGUAUCAAAAACGAGCAAGUUUUCUACACUGACUCAAACGGGCGUCAGGUUUUGCGUAGAAAGUAAGUUCAAUUUUUUUCAAAACCAAAAAAAAACCACUUUUUCAGAAAUCGCGAAGCCACUUCUUUUGUAUAUUCUAAUGACGAGCCAGUUGCUGGAAAUUAUUAUCCAAUCACAAGUUUCGGGUAUAUCAAAGACUCCAGAAAUCAGUUCAGUAUUUUGACAGAUCGUGCACAGGGUAUGACUUCUGGAUCCGAUGGUGUUGUUGAUAUCAUGGUAAGUUUUAAAAACUUUUCUGAUUCACUGUAUUAUCCUAGAUCCAUCGCCGAUGUUUUUACGACGAUCAUUUUGGAGUAGAAGAAGCAUUAGAUGAACCUGGAAAGAAUGGAAAAGGUCUCGUAGCGACCGGCAAGCAUACUGUAUUCUUUGGAAAUUUGAAAGAUUCUGCUGAUAUGUUGAGACCUUUAGUUUUGGAAAAGUUCCAUGAGCCUUUGAUUGCGUUUGGAGCAAAUUUUGGAGCAAGCAAAUAUUCGGGACUGAAUAAAGAUCUUCCUGCUUGGUUCAAUUUGUUGACUUUGGAAAGAUGGAAUGGCAAAAAGCUUUUGAUGAGAGUCGAGCAUAUUUUCCAUAACUCGGAUAAUUUGUCCAAAUAUGCAAAUACCCAGAGUUUCCAACUAGAGGUAUUUGCAUCUUGACAAUUUGUUCCAAUUAGCAUAUCGUUUUUCAGAAUAUUUUUACAAAUUUCAAUAUUCUUCACGCCAGACAGCUCCAACUUGGAGCAAAUCGAAAUACAACAAGUUCUGAGAAAACAGACGAUGGAUACUACUAUAUUCACCCGUCCGAGAUUCUGACUUUCGAAUUGGAUGUUGAAUUUGUAAAAUUUUAG